UACUUUCCCUAUCGGAAAUUCUACACACACACAGAGAAGAGUCACACAAAUCAUUUUCGUGACUCAUAAAGUCACAUAUAAGCUCUCUCUCUCUCUCUAGCUCUCGUUCUUUUUCUCUUCGUUUUCCCAAAACAACAAAAAUGGCCGAUCAACUCACUGACGAUCAGAUCUCCGAGUUCAAGGAAGCUUUCAGCCUAUUCGAUAAGGACGGCGAUGGCUGUAUCACUACCAAGGAGCUUGGGACUGUAAUGCGGUCAUUGGGGCAGAACCCAACAGAAGCUGAGCUGCAGGACAUGAUAAAUGAAGUUGAUGCUGAUGGAAAUGGUACCAUUGAUUUCCCAGAGUUCCUUAACCUGAUGGCCCGCAAGAUGAAGGACACCGAUUCAGAGGAGGAGCUCAAGGAGGCCUUCCGGGUGUUCGACAAGGACCAGAAUGGCUUCAUUUCUGCAGCUGAGCUUCGUCAUGUCAUGACAAAUCUUGGUGAGAAGCUGACUGAUGAUGAAGUUGAUGAGAUGAUUCGCGAGGCUGAUGUGGAUGGUGAUGGCCAGAUCAACUACGAGGAGUUUGUCAAAGUCAUGAUGGCCAAGUGAGGACCAAUCUUUCAAAACUAAAAACUGAAAAAGCAUUAAAAAAAACAUAAAAGGGAGCAGGGCAGAUAAGUUUGACAAGAUUUCUAUUUCCCACUAGGACAUCUUUUGGUAUCAUUAGCUUUGGAUGGUUGGUUGGUUGUUUCUCCUUGUUUGCAUUAUUUGUGGCACUGUUCAUUAGUAUCUGCUUGUUUGUUCUGUCUCUUGUUUUAGUAGCUUGGGUGUAGUGUCAUUUACUCUACUCUUGGUAUUUUUCUUUCUACCUUUGAUAUUAUGAACCUAGAACAAUUGGAUGAAUCUGAUGUUUUGCUUAUGGGGUGACUAAUUUUGUUAAUAUUUGAAGUUAUCUUCCUUUCUUUGUA